AUGGUGUCUGACUCAAUAUGCUUUAUAACAAACAUAGAGGCAAAAUGGCCUGGAUCUGUGCAUGACUCAAGAAUCUUCAGAGAGUCAUUUGUCACAUUAUUUGAAUGUGGUAAGAGAAAAUUGAAGUGUCAAACUCACAAUGUUAAAUACACUUAUGCUGGGCCUAAUGGAACUUCAUCGUUCCAUUACAUGGGUGAUUAUGACGGGAUCCUGCUUGGAGACAGGGGCUAUCCCUGCAGACAGUACUUCAUGACUCCAUUCCCUGAGCCAAACCCCAGUCCACAAAUCCAUUACAAUGCAGCUCUAGUCAGGACAAGGGCACGCAUUGAAAUGACCUUCAGGCAACUGAAGGGAAGAUUUCGGUGUCUGAAAAGUCUGAGGGUUGCACGUGACAGGGCCUGCAACAUUACUGUUGCAUGCUCUGUACUACACAACAUUGCCACCAUCAGAAAAGAGAGGACCCCUGUGGUGGAGGUUCAGCCUGAUGAUGAUGACGUGGAUCCAGCUAGUGCAAGAGCUGCAUGGGGUAGAAAUGCAGAACACCAUUUUUGACUGAUCUUUUUGAAUAAAGAAAAGACACAAACAUGCUUUGGCCUGUAUUUAUUUUAUUUCUCUUCCCUUCCAGUCAAAGGCAGCCUUCAGUCGUCUUUUACCUGCAAUUUGAGAUAUUGUUGUAACGCGGAGUCAACAGAAUGGGGAUCCAUUAGCAGCGUUUUAAUAAAAGGCAGACACAGUCGUACAGGCGUGGUCGAGCAACAGCGAAACAGGGUAAUCAGAGGCGAAACAAAGGCAGAGUGAUCAAACAGGCAGAUGGUCAGGGCAGGCAGCAAAGAAUCCAGAAACGAGAAGAAACAGUCCAAGGUCAAACACGGUAA